GGUCCUCUGUUGCUUUAUUUUAAGUUGAGAUCAAAAGUAGAGGAUGGUUUUAUCCAGAUCAGACUCCAGCACGUUCAGAUAUGCUGAUGAUUGUUCCUCUCAUCACUGGCUCCACCUCCAGCACUAACGGCUCAUCUGCUCAUGAAAAGCUCCUCAUUAACCUGUGGUGCACACCCUCUAAUGUCCUAUUGUCCGGACAGCACUUAUAUCCAGGGCUGACCUCUGCAGGUCCACAUCUGCACUCAGUACCACUGUUGACAGCACAACUCUGAGCUUAGACCCUCCAACCAAGAAGAUGCAGGAGAACAAGACCCAGAAGUUUGGAGCUGAGCUGCAUCAGCGAGGUUUGUUCAGGAAGAGCACCACCUACCUGGCUAAGAUCGCUGUCAUCCUCCAAGGUGCUCCAGGCAAGAUGCUCACUUUCACUCAGUUGAUGGACAAGCUGGCACCACUCAUCUGUGAAGACAGAAAAUCCGUUGAGAACAACAUCAGAGUCUGUUUGUCAACCCACACAUGUUUUGUCAAGAUUCCUGUGAUCCCAGAUUCAUUCCACAGUAAGAGGAACUACUGGAAACUGGACUCCAGUCAGAUCACAGCAAAGAUGGUGCGUCGUCACUUUAAAGGAAUCCUGCAGCUCUUCCCUGAGUUGGCCUGCAAAGUGGAAACAGAGGACAAGAGCAGCAGAGCUUUCAAGCACUGCUCAGAUCUCCACUCUCCUGAAGCUGCAGCCUGCAAAGCUGCUCAGAUCACACGCGAGACAAAGUUCAGCAGUCCUUUCUCCAUCGAGUCCCUCCUGAAGAGAGACGCUCCCUCGGCUCGGCCCUCCAGACCUUCUCCUCUCUCCAGUGUGCCGCUCAGGACAAAGAGGAGCCUCAACUGGGACUCUGAGGAGCAUCUCCUCCUUCAGACUCCAGCUGGAAGUUCCCUCAUCUGCUCAACAGGAGGCAGCACACACCAUGAACUCGCUGCUAAGAGGAUGCAUGUGAGCACAGAGCCUUCAUUCCCCAUGUACACAAGAGCUGCUCCUUAUUUCAGCAGCACACACAGCAGUUACAUCACUUACUCUCUUCCAGCAUUUACCCACGAUGCUCUCUGUUUUCGCUUGUGACAGUGUUCCCUUCAUUAAAAUUGCACUUUUGUGUGUUUUUUAUGUUUUUGAGUGGAACACUGAGAAUCUUCUAUUUGAUCAGACACACACCCUCAAAUCACACAAGGCUCAUGAAUGGUCUCAUGUGUGUCUCGUUGUUAAAUAUCUCUUAUUUCAGGCAUUACUGUGAUGUUUAAAAGAAGAUCCUACUGUCGCCUGAAGUAUCUUGUUCAACAGACUAACAGUGUAAAGUGAUUUUUUUGAGGAUAUUUUA